AUGUCUAUCCAUCUCUGCACCUUUUUUCUUCAUUCAUCUGAAUGUGUAGGGUCAGAGACUCGUGUCUUGAAAAGUGACUUUGCUCGUUACAACAUUGAUGAAGAGGACAGUGAUGAUUUAGACCAAGAUGAAAAUGGCUGGAAGAUCAUCCAUACGGAUGUCUUUAGAUUCCCCGUUUGCAAAAGUCUCUUUUGCGCCAUACUGGGUGUUGGAAGCCAGUUUUUGGCAUUGGCCACUGGAAUUUUGGUGAUGGCCCUUUUUGGCAUGUUCAAUGUUCAUCGUCAUGGUUCCAUUAAUUCAGCUGCUGUUGUCCUAUAUGCCCUCACUUCAGGUGUGUCUGGUUAUAUUGCUGCAAAUUAUUACCGGAAGAUGGGUGGUGAUAACUGGGUGUGGAAUAUUAACCUCACAUCGGCUUUGUUUGCAUUGCCUUUUUUCAUGGUGUGGGCCAUUAUUAAUUCAGUUGCCUGGGCAUAUGGAACAACUCAAGCCCUUCCCUGGACGACUGUUGUCAUGUUAAUAUGUCUCUGGAUAUUCGUUGGUUAUCCAUUGACAGUAGUUGGUGGUAUUUUUGGAAAGAAUUGGGCUAAUGGAUUUGAUGCCCCAUGUCGCACAAAAAAUAUUGCUCGGGAAAUCCCGUCUGCUCCUUGGUAUCGAUCUGCUUUUGCCCAUUGUCUGGUUGGUGGAUUCUUGCCAUUCAGUGCCAUCUCUGUUGAGUUGUAUUACAUCUUUGCCACACUGUGGGGCCGUGAGCAAUAUACCCUUUAUGGGAUCUUGUUCAUAGUCUAUGGUAUCCUCCUUAGUGUCACAGCCUGCAUCUCUGUAGCCCUUACCUACUUCCAACUAUCAGCUGAAGAUUAUCGAUGGUGGUGGAGAUCUAUAUUCAGUGCUGGCUCAACUGGCUGCUUUGUUUUCCUCUAUGCACUGUUUUACUACUUUAAGCGAUCCAACAUGUCUGGCCUUCUCCAAACACUGGAAUUCUUUGGCUACACCACUCUUUCAUACUUCUCAGAGCAGGGGUUAGUCUUCUCUCUCUCUUCCAUCUGCACUCAACGGCAGACCAGCCAACCACUCUCUGUCUCUUCCGUCUGGCUUGUAGCACUACGACCCGUAACGGUCGCCUACACACGCGACGAUGAUGUGCCGACCGAUCGCGGUCUCUCUCGUCUCUCUCUUCCAUCUGACCUGUAG